AUGCUCUCAUCAAAGCCGAAGUUCAUAUUCGCACUUGUUAUAACCGAUAUACAGAACGUGCCCAAGCAUUCAGGCUCGUGCUUUGUGAAAUGGCGUAUCCUUAAUACCCUCCCGUCAAUCAAGGGCCGUACUCCGGCAGCCCACGUCAAGGACUUCAAGGCUGUAUGGAAACAUACAGAGGAGGGCAUCGUGAAAGUCGGGACGAAGGACAAGGCACUACAGCCGAAGAUUGUUGAGCUGGAGGUGUAUCACAUCACCAGACACCAUAGUCAUCACCACCAUCAAAACAACUAUCAUCCGGAUAUACCCCUGUUGGAUGAACUGCCUUCUGUGAGACAGACGUCGUACUUGGGGAAAGUCACUGUGAACUUGAGUGAGUUUGCAGGCAUUGAAGGCACACAGCCAAUGCGGUAUCUGUUGAAGGACUCUAAGGUUAAUGCUGUUUUAAACGUUGAAGUUGGUAUGACCCUGAUUAAGGGGAACCUGGCGGACUAUGUAGUUCCGCCAAUAAGAUCAAAGGGGUUGUUGAACAUGUUCGAAGAUUCUGUGUAUGAAUCAAGCUCUUCAGGCUCUAAACAUGGUGCUGCUAGCGCAGUGUCACCGUUUAGCGAGUCGAAAUUGCACAGAAGUGCAAAGAUUACAUCGGAUCCAGUGAUUACAAGGUUAUAUCAAAAGACAUUUGAAAUAUCCUGGGACAGACGCCCAGGUGAAUUUAGUGCUGAAGAGUGUGUCGAUGAUAUAAUAGUCGGAGGUGAUGGCUGGGCCAAGAACGAAGAAGGUGAGAACUUCAUCGACGUGCAACUCGCAUCGCUGAAGUCACAUUCUCAUCACCAAGCUCGUCAUAACACUCUGUAUAGCCCUACAACGGAGUAUGAGAGCGUACAAACGCCAUCGCAUAAGAGUUGGCAGGUACACCAUAUCGUGCGCUAA